CUAUCUCAGUAUGUCUUGAUCACUGCAGUUUGUCUGCUUUUUACAGUCCUGUCUCCCGGUGAUGCAACAAGAAAUCCAUUCUUGAAGACUGAAUUCCUGCAGUGAUCCGAAACAUCAUCCUCAGCUCUAACAAGUGAAAAGAGCUUGAAGCAGGAAAGUCCAAUCAUGUCUUUAACUAAUGGCCACAUUGCAACUGAAGAAACAUGGGACUUGCACAACAGGAUGAUGGUGGAGCCUUUGGCAAUUACUGACUUAGAGAUGUACUCAAUCUUAAAAAAAGAGAAGCAUAGGCAGUCUCAUGUUUUGGAGCUGUCUGCCUCUGUGAACUUUGCCAGCAGAGCCGUUCUAGAGGCCAUGGGUUCUUGCAUGAACAACAGAUACCCCACAGUCCGUGAGAAGAAUGGUGAGUUUGAGAGAGUCUGCAAGACAAGAGCAUUGGAGGCCUUUGGUCUUGACUCCGACACAUGGGGUGUUGACCUGAGACCAUAUUCAGGUUCGCCUGCCAAUUUUUCGAUCUACUUGGCCAUUGUGGGACCCCAUGGUAGGAUCAUGGGACUGGAUGUUCCUGAUGGAGGUCACAUAUCACAUGGCUACAUGCGGAAGGACAAGAAAAUCUCAGCCACGUCAUUGUUGUUUGAAUCAAUGCCUUAUAAGGUGGAUCCAGAAACUGGCUACAUUGACUAUGAUAAACUGGAGGAGAAUGCACGGUUGUUCUGCCCCAAACUCAUCAUAGCAGGGGCAAGCGCUUAUUCCCGCAAUUUUGACUACCCUCGUAUGAAACAGAUCACUGAUGAGAUUGGUGCGUACCUACUGGCUGAUAUUGCUCAUAUCAGUGGUUUAGUAGCAGCUGGACUUGUGCCCUCACCCUUUGAGUUCUGUGACAUUGUUUCCACGACAACAUACAAGACACUGCGAGGUUGCCGUUCUGGAAUUAUAUACUAUAGGAAAGGUGUGCAACGUAUUGAGGCUGAUGGGAAAAAGACUCUAUACAAGUUUGAGCCUCUGAUCAAUCAAGUGAUGCGUUCUGGGCUGCAGGGAGGACAACACAGCCACUCCAUUGCCGGUGUUGCUGUGGCCUUAAAGCAGACCAUGACUCCACAGUUCAAAGCUUACCAGAAGCAGGUUCUUGCAAACUGCAAAGCAUUAUCAAGUGCCCUCACUGCCCGAGGCUACAAGAUUGUCACAGGUGGAACUGACACCCAUCUAAUUGUGGUUGACCUGCGCAAUAAAGAAACUGAUGGAAUGCAUGCUGCAAAGGUUCUGGAAGCCUGUGCUAUCAUGGCUACGAAGAACAGCUGUCCAGGUGAUAAGAAUCCUCUUCGCCCUAGUGGUCUGAGGUUGGGAACGCCAGCUCUGACCUCCAGAGCUCUGGUAGAGGAGGACUUCAGAAAGGUGGCGGAAUUCCUUGAUAAAGGUAUUGAGCUGACAGUGGAGCUCCAGAGAAGCUUGGAUCCUAACGUGACUCUAGAGGAGUUCAUGAAAGCUUUGAGCCAGGACAAGUUCCAGCAGCGGGUAGAUGAGCUGAGGGUGAAGGUGGAGAAUUUUGUCAAACAAUUCCCCAUGCCUGGUUUCUCUGAUAUUUAAAGUGUGGCUGAUCAAACACUGAUGGCUGCCAUCAUAUUAUUUUGUUGUAUGUGCUGGUUUUGUCUUCAUAGAUUAGUUGACAGAUCAUCUGUGAAAUACCACGGGACAAAUCAAGGCGUUGUAUGAAUUCACGGUCUGUUUUGUGGAAUGUAAUUCUGCAUCCUGGUUGCUACUUCAAUUCGAAAUUCAUGUCAAAUUCAUGUCAGUCAUUGUCAAUUCAAUUCUGAAUUUAGAAAAAAAAAUCUGCCAAAACAAACAAACAAACAAACAAACAAAAAAAAAACAAAUAAAAUCAGUGAGUGAGCUUAAUUCUGAUCACAAUGUAUACCAACCUCCAACUCACAGAACAUGAACAUGUAACAAACAUAUCAUUAGGGGAACAGCAAUGAGUAAAAAUAGAAAAGACUCCAUCAAGGAUGGAAUGUUUUCCACCUGCAUUUCUUUUGUUAGCAUAACUCAAAUACUAAUCAACAGAUUUCAGUGACAUUUGGUAAGCAGAUAGAUAAUGUUCUGGAUAAGUGAUUCAGUAUUGGAUGUGAUUGGGAAUACAUGCUAGAACUGAGAUCCAGAAACAUGUUUGGUGCAGAGCAACAUUUAACUUAUAAAGUUGUGAUGUUGAUAAAGUGUGAGAAAAUUAGGGGUUUUAUUUUGAAUUUGAUCUGGGACAUAUCAUGGAGUCAGGAUCCAGAAGAGGUUUAAGGCAUUCAGGGUGAUUUAGUUCAAGAAUUUAUUAAUAUUAAACAUCAAUAACAUUUUGUGAAAAGAUAAAUGGUAAAUGGACUGCAUUUAUAUAGCACUUUUCCAUCUGCAUCAGAUGCUCAAAGCGCUUUACACAUCAGUGCCUCACAUUCACCCCGAUGUGAGGCUGCUGCCAUGCAAGGUGCCCACUACACACCGGAAGCAACUUUAAGGACCUUGCCCAAGGGCCCUUAGUGAUUUUCCGGUCAGGCUUGGAUUUGAACUGAGGAUCCUCUCGUCUCAAGCCCAUCGCUUAAUCACUAAACCAUCACCUCCCCUAUGUAUAAUGUAGGCAGAUGUACAAUGUCCAAGGAAAUAAUUUAUGUAAUUUUGGAAUCAGUUCAGAACAUGAUGUUAAUCUGGAAUCUAGAAGAAUGUCAUUACUAUAGUGGCACUCAGCUCAGGAUGGAUCUUGAUGAAAUUUUAUGAACAAAUUCUUAACAAACGAGGCUUGAUGCUAAAUGCAAGUGAAAGUGGGUAUUUUGGUGGCGGAAAACAUGUGGCCUUGGUGGAGGUGUGUGCUGUCUGAGUGUCUUUAUUUGUAUAUUAAUUGCACAUUGUUUUAAAAUGCAUAAUCAUGGAGCACACAGUGGUGUUGGGUGUCACAUUAAUUUCCUCAGCACAACAGUUCAAUAAAAUGUUUUUUUUU